UUCUUUCGGGCGUUCAAGCUAGUCUGACUCGAGUACAGUCGUCAGCUAGUACUGGUGCCGAGCAGUAGGAGGGAUCGUCCGCUCCGUUUUCGUUUGUUACUUCAAUAACAUUUGUGUGUUUCUCAUAGAAACUAUAAGCCACCAUGGACUACGGGGAUGUAUCUUCAAAGGUUGUGCGUUCGGUUACGCACCGAGCCUACAAUGUCUACAGGGGCUCGUCACCCGCCACCCAGAACAGACUUGAGGUUGUUAACGAAUCACGUGUCCACAAUACUCAGCGACAGUUUGCCCAAGAUGAAGAACAUAGGUUUCAGGCACGCAUCAGAGAGCUGGAGGAUUCCCUUGAUAUCGAGAGAGAUUGCCGAGUCCGCGCUGAGAAGAACUUGGCUGAGAUCACGUUCCAGUAUGACCAGGUAGCUGACAGACUGGAAGAGCAGGGAGGAGUUACUGUCCAACAGAUCGAGAUCAACAAGAAACGUGAAUCUGAGUUGAACAAGGUACGAAAGGACCUGGAGCUUGCUGUCAUCUCUCACGAAUCAGCAGAGGCCAGCCUUAGGAAGAGGAACCAAGAGACGAUCAACGACCUUACUGACCAACUCGAGUACAUGACUAAGCAGAAGAACAGAACCGAGAAGGAGAAGCACCAGCUUAUCAUCGAAAUCGACACCGUUCAGGGUUUGAACGACUCCCUGGCCAAGGCCAAGAGUUCUGCCGAGAGCCGCGCCGAGGGUCUCCAGGGAUCCGUGGACCGCCUUAAGCUCCAAGUUGAUGACUUGACCCGUCAGCUGACCGACGCCAACAGUGCCAAGGCUCGUCUUACACAGGAGAAUUUCGAUCUGCAGCACCAGGUGCAGGAACUGGACAGCGCCAACGCCGCUCUCGCCAAGGCCAAGUCUCAGCUUCAAGCUUCAAAUGAUGACCUCAAGAGACAGCUUGAUGACGAGAGCAGGCAACGACAGAACCUGCAGGUGCAGUUCUCUCAGCUCCAGAGCGACUACGACAGCUUGAAUGCCCGUUACGAAGAGGAAUCCGAAGCUGCCUCUACCCUGCGCACACAGCUGAGCAAGGUCAACGCCGAAUUCGCCGCUCUCAAGGCUAGAUUCGAGAAGGAGUUGAUGGCCAAGACUGAAGAGUUGGAAGAGCUCAGGCGCCGACUCAACACCAGAAUCGCUCAGCUGGAGGAUGAGUGCGAGGGACUUCGCGCCAGGAACAACAACCUGGAGAAGACCAAAGCUAAACUCACAAUUGAAAUCAAAGAAAUCACCGUUGAACUUGAAAAUACUCAAAUCAUUGUCCAAGAUCUCACUAAGAGGAACCGUGCCCUGGAGAAUGAGAACGCAGUGCUCCAGAGACGUGUCGAUGAGCUUGGAGCAGAGGUUACCGCUCUCAGAGCCGAGAAGGCCAAUCUGGAAGCUGAGGUUCAUAGACUCAGAGUUGCCAACGCCGAGCUCACCGAGCGCAAUGACAACCUUCAGAGAGAGAACAAGAACCUUUCGGAUCAACUCCGCGAGGUCACGCUUGCUCUGAAGGACGCCAACCGCGAGCUGAACGAACUUCGCCAGAUCCGUGCCCAGCUGGAGAUGGAACGCGAUUCCCUUGCCAACCAACUCCGCGACACCGAAGAGGCUCUCAGAGACGCCGAGGGCAAACUUGCCGCCGCCCAGGCCGCUCUUAACCAGCUCCGCAUCGACAUGGAGAACAGACUCAGAGAAAAGGAUGAAGAGAUCGAAAACAUCAGGAGAAGCAGUGCCCGUGCCAUUGAGGAGCUCCAGCGUACCCUCAUCGAGGUUGAGACCCGCUACAAGACCGAGAUCUCCCGCAUCAAGAAGAAGUACGAGACCGACAUCAGGGAGCUUGAGGGAGCUCUGGACAACGCCAACAAGGCCAAUGCUGAAUACCUUAAACAGAUCCGCUCUCUGCAACUCAGAGUCAAGGAGCUGGAGGUUCUUCUCGAGGAAGAGCGCCGCCUGGCCGAUGACCUCCGUGGCCAGCUGUCCGUAUCCGAGAGGAAGCGUAUUGCCCUUCAACAGGAAGUUGACGAUGUCAGAUCUCUGCUUGAAGCUGCCGAGAGAGCCCGCAAGAAUGCCGAGAACGAGCUUGGUGACGCCAACGCUCGCCUGUCCGAGCUCCAGAUCCAGGUGACCUCCCUCACCAACGACAAGCGCCGCAUGGAGGCCGACAUUUCCGCCAUGCAGUCCGACCUGGAGGAUGCCAUCAACGCCCAGAGAGCCGCCGAGGAGAGAGCCGACAGACUCUUCAACGAGAAUGUGCGUCUGGCUGAUGAGCUGAAGCAGGAACAGGAGAACUACAAGAACGCCGAGAGCCUCCGCAAGCAGCUGGAGAUCGAGAUCCGCGAGAUCACUGUCCGUCUGGAGGAGGCCGAGGCAUUCGCCACACGGGAAGGCAAGAGGAUGGUUGCUAAGCUCCAGGCCAGGAUCAGGGACCUUGAGGCCGAGCUUGAGGCUGAACAGAGACGCGUGAGGGAGGCAUUCGCCACCAGCAGGAAGCUGGAACGCCAGCUGAAGGAGAUCCAGAUGCAGACUGAUGAUGACCGCAGGAUAGUCGCCGAGACCAUGAGCAUCAACGAUCAGUUAUCUAUGAAGGUCAAGGCAUACAAACGCCAGAUCGAGGAAGCCGAGGAUGUCGCCAACCUUACAAUGAACAAGUACCGCAAAGCUCAGCAGCUGAUCGAGGAGGCUGACCACAGAGCCGAUACCGCUGAGAAGAACCUUGUCGCCGUCAGACGGUCACGCUCCAUGUCUGUUACAAGGGAUGUCAAAAUCGUCAGAAUAUAAACGGAUCCGUCAAAACUACCUUAGUAGAUGACGUCAAUUGUACAAAGUUACUCGCAACCCCGUCCUUCUAUCUGUGUAAAUUUCUUUGGUCUUUAUGGCAACGCGUUGAGUUUUGCAAGCAACCAUGCGUUUAUGUUGCAUGUGUCUGGACUUUACAUAGAAGGGACAAUACGUUGUCAUGGAAAUAUAUUCCUCGCCAUGGUUACUGAAGCUCGGCACGGCAGAGGGCUCUAAGAGACGUGACGUCACGGCAACAUCCUCGACAGAUGAUACCCACUUUCUGGGCAAAUUAAAAAACCACGUGCAGACUCGUUUACGCGACUAAUUUGCAUUUUGCAAUGCAGACAAUGACACGUGAACAUUUUGCACGUGACAGUAUCCACUCGUCAACACUGCCAAUUUGUGAUGUACUUCCUCAAACAUUUCAAGUUUCUUAGGACUCUUCUGAAGACCACGUGACCCUCUGACACGGCUGAAAAUAUUUGAUCUUCUACAUUGUAAUAUUCUUUCAAGUGCAAUAUUAGUUAUUUAAACUUUUAUAUGUUAUAAAGAUUCAUUGUGAUAUUUAUUGAAAAUGUGAGAAAAAGAAACAAUUUAAUAUUUUUCUCAGGAUAUCGUUUCAGAAUAAUGCGGAGAUUUCUAAAGAAUAACGUUAAUUCGAUUGGACUGUUAAGCUCUUGUACGCAUGCACGUGCUGCUGCAAUGGUACAUCCUGAUUGGCUACAUCGCCAGACAACAACCAAUCACUAUGUGGCUACGAGACUCAAAUAGCCAAUAAGUACAAAUACGAUCAUCUCACAGUGUAUUUCGAUUAUUUUCUUGUUUUUUGUUCUUAUUUGAUGACAAGACAGUUGUAACAUACAUGUUAGUCGGAUGACUCGUUUUGAUAUUGUGGCUUGUCUAAAACAGCCAAAAACAUUGAAAUUUCUAUACAUGUGUAUGAACUAUUCGCAUCGUCAAAUAAACGAUCAUUGCAGCUUUGCUAACA